GCGUACUGCGCCCACCACCUACACCUCUCAAGACUACAUUAGCGACCAUCUCUGGAAGGCCAACGUGAAUUAAGAAUUCGCCAUUUACACAACCGAACUACCAACUACUACACAUAUCAAUUCAAGCAAACAACCACACACACAACCACAAUGAUCCCCACCAUCUUCAAGUCAGCGGGUAUGAGACCCACCUCGGCCUUUGCUAGAGUCGCCAGGCUCGGCAUGCAGGUCAGAGGAAACGCUUCGGUUGUCUCUGGCAGCCAGCGUGCUGCUCCUCUUCAGAACAGAAGAUCCACCCCGCCUUCAUUCGAACGUGCCACCUUCACUAUCAGAGAUGGUCCUAUCUUCCACGGAAAGAGUUUCGGUGCCAAGACUAACAUCAGUGGUGAGGCCGUCUUCACCACUUCUCUGGUCGGCUACCCCGAGUCUAUGACCGACCCCUCAUACCGUGGUCAAAUCUUGGUCUUCACCCAGCCCUUGAUCGGAAACUACGGUGUUCCCUCGUCCGUUAGAGACGAAUACAACCUGUUGAAGUACUUCGAGUCGCCCAACAUCCAAGCCGCUGGUAUUGUUGUCGCCGAUGCUGCUCUUCAGUACAGCCACUGGACCGCUGUUGAGAGUUUGAGCGAGUGGUGCGCCAGAGAAGGUGUUCCCGCCAUCUCUGGUGUUGAUACCCGUGCCAUCGUUACUUAUCUGCGUGAGCAAGGUUCUUCCCUCGGCAAGCUUGUCGUUGGUGAGGAGUACGAUGCCGAUGAGGAUGAAGCUUUCGAGGACCCUGGUAACGUUAACCUUGUUGCCAAGGUCAGCACCAAGGCUCCCUGGCACAUUCCCUCGCCCGUUGGAGACAUGCAUGUCGCUCUGAUUGACUGCGGUGUCAAGGAGAACAUUCUGCGCAGUCUUGUUGCUCGUGGUGUCUCAGUCACUUGCUUGCCUUAUGAUUACCCCGUCCACAAGAUCGCUAGCCACUUCGACGGUGUAUUCAUCUCCAACGGUCCUGGUGACCCAACCCACUGCCGCACUACCAGCGACAACCUCCGCAAGCUUAUGGAGACCUCUCAGAUCCCCAUCAUGGGUAUCUGUCUUGGCCACCAGCUUCUCGCCAUGGCCAUUGGUGCCGAGACCAUCAAGAUGAAGUACGGUAACCGUGCCCACAACAUUCCUGCUCUCGACUUGAUGACUGGAAAGUGCCACAUUACCUCUCAAAACCACGGUUACGCAGUUGAUGCUACCACUAUCCCUGCAGAGUUCAAGGAGUACUUCAUCAACCUCAACGACUCUUCCAACGAGGGUAUGAUUCACAAGCAUCGUCCCAUCUUCAGCACCCAGUUCCACCCCGAGGCCAAGGGUGGUCCGCUUGACUCUAGCUACUUGUUCGAUGCCUACGUCAACAGUGUCUCCCAGUACAAGAAGACGCAGUCUUCUCUCCACCCCAACAUGGCCAACCGCCCCAGCCCUCUGCUCGUUGACUUGCUCGCCAAGGAGCGUGUCGGCGUUGCUCCCGGCGUGCCCCUCUACCAGCACCCCGAGCCCGUCGUUGCUUGAUUUGGCAGUCUUUUAUUCGUGUCUGGUUGCGGGACGGCGUUAGGUCUGGGAUAGGGGUAUCUCUAGUCAUAUAGGAAGUAUUCAUUCAAACGAACGUAUUCAUGCUUAAGCGAAA